AGAAGGCGCCGCGAGGCCGCGCCGGUUCGGAGGGGCCGGGGGCCGAGCGGGCUCCGUGAGCGGCGGGGCCGGGCCGGGACCCCCGGCGGGACCCCGGGCCGGACCCCGGGCCGGCCAUGGCGGGGAGCGGCGGAGCCGGGGCGGCCCCGCGGGAGCACCGCCUGCAGCCCGGGGACACGCUGCCGGGGCUGGCGCUGCGCUAUGGGGUGACGAUGGAGCAGAUCCAGCGCGCCAACCGCCUUUACUCGUCGGACACGAUUUUCCUGAAGCCCACGCUGCUCAUCCCGGCCCCCGGCCCCCGGGACACUCCCGGGGACAUUCCCGGUGACACUCCCGGUGACACUCCCGGGGACACUCCCGGGUCCCUCCCGGUGCCCCCCGGCCCCUCCCGCCACGACCUCACGGCCUCGGAUUUCCUGCGGCGCUUGGACGCCGAGAUCGGCCGCUCCAAGGAGGCGGCGGCGCAGCGGCUGCAGAGCCACGACUCCAGUGUCACCCCGGUGUCACCGCCGUGUCCCCGCAGCCCCGCCCCCGCCCGGAGCGGCCCCGGCCCCGCCUCCCCCCGGGGCGCUCGGCUCGGACCCCGACCCCUGACCAGGAACCCGCGGGCGGCCGCGCUCAGGGACAGCGAGGACGAGAUCUUCACCUUGUGACACUGGGGACACUGGGGACAGCAAGGACGAGAUCUUCACCUUGUGACAUUGGGGACACUGGGGACAGCGAGGACGAGAU